ACAGGUAGACUUUGGGGAACAGAAAGUUGUCGGAGUUACUUUGAGGGUGACAAGUUUGCUGUGUCCGCUGUAAACAUGGGAAGUGGAUCCAGCCAGCUGGCCAAAGCACUGCUCAAUGAGUACCAGGAACUGACAUACCUGACUAAGCAAGAAAUCUUACUUGCUUAUAAAAGAUUUUGUGAACUUGUGCAGAAAGAGAACAGAAGCAACAUUGAGUCUGUGAGGAUCCCAAAAGAAACAUUUCUAACUCUGCCGGAAUUAAAGGCAAAUCCUUUCCAGCAUUGCAUCUGCCAUGUUUUCUCAACUUCAGAAGAUGGGAGCAUGUCCUUCGAGGAUUUCCUUGAUAUGCUAAGUGCUUUCAGUGAAUCUGCUACUCUUGAAAUCAAAUCACACUAUGCAUUUCGGAUCUUUGAUUUUGAUGGUGACGGUGCCUUGAAUGAAGCGGAUUUGGAGCAGUUGGUGAACCAUUUAACAGGAGAAGAGGAUGACACCAAACUUAGCAGUAGUGAAAUGAGGCAGCUUAUUACAAAUAUUUUGGAGGAGUCUGAUAUCGAUAAGGAUGGCACCAUCAACCACUCAGAAUUUCAGCAUGUUAUUUCCAGAUCUCCUGACUUUGUCAGCUCCUUUAAGAUUGUGCUGUGAUGGAUCCAUUUUGAUGGUUUACAGGAAGAUGGUCUCAGUAAAUGGUUAGUCUAGCCAGUAGGCUGACAUUCCUCAUCUGUGAAUGAAUAUUCUAUGGAUUGAUGCAAACAUUCGAAGCACAGGAUGUAACUAUGACAAAUCUUGCAAUAACUACUAAGAAAAUACCUUCAAAAUUAAUCUCAAGUGAAUCUCUGUUAUACUGUGUGUUUCAUUAUUAGCUUCUGUUUUAGAAGUUUAGGCUUUAUUUUUUGUUCA